UCAUGGAUUAAGAGUCCAUGUUUGUAUAUUACUUUUUUACAUGGUGCUCAACUGUGUAAAAUUUAUUUGUUCGUUUUGCAGAUGGGCAGAGCAAAGUCAAGAAUGGAAUUUGUAAAGAAGGAAAAGCAUCGAAAUAGCACUUUUCAGAAGAGGAAUGCGAAUUUGAAGAAGAAACUUAUUGAGCUCGCAACUUUGUGUGACAUCAAGGCUCUGGUGAUUGUUUACGGCCCUGAACAAGGUACACCGCCGGCUCUUCCUCUUGAACCCCAGGUUUGGCCUGAGGAUCGUGAUGAAGUUCACCAAUUGAUUGACAAAUACAAAGGCCAGUCGCCUGAGGAUUGCAAAAAGAGGACAACUCUUCUAUCAGACUUCUUUCAAGAGAGGAACAAGAAGGCCCAGCAGACUCUAGCCAAAUUACGCAACACUAAUGUUAACUCCAAGUAUCCAACAUGGGAUUCGAGGUUUGAGAGCUUCAAGGAAGAAGAUCUUAGGAAAACUGUUAAUCUUCUGGAGAUCAAUAUUGGCAAUGCAAAGGCUAGACUGGAGCAAAUGAAAGCUAAUAAUAUAUAUGGCUCUUAUCAAGAGCAGCAGCAGCAGAGGAAGAGGAGAUUGGAUUUUGAUCCAGGAAAUCAAGCUCCAAAGUAUUUGAAAAUCGAACCAUACCAAGCAAUUUCAGACCCAAUGCGGAUGCACUCAAUGCCAAUUCCAAUUCCCCAGCAGAGGUUUCCAUUUAUUGACCAUAACUGGAACCAGAUGAUGGUUAAAUUUGGUAAUGAAUAUGUUGGUGUUGUGCCUAACAUUGUGCAUAAUGCUAAUCCAUCUUAUGGUUAUGAUUAUCCGACGAUGGCAGGGACUUUGAACGGUUUUAGCUAUCCAAACAAUUUUGCAAGGGCACCCCUGAAUUACUAUGGUGACGGCAUGCAACCAAUUGCACAGCACGUAAUGGAAUAUCAUUCAAUGACAGAAGGGUCGACUUCUCAUCAAAUGCUUGCGGCUUCUCAUCAGUUCUAUGAAGAUCGUAAAUGGCAAAGGUAGAUUGUUUGGAUUAGGUUAGUUACCCAUAAAUAAGAAGUGCCAUGACUUCAAUCUAGUAUUCGUUAAUAUGGUUUUCAUAAAUUUGGACAUGUAGUUUACUGCAUUCAGAGUUUCUGCACUUGUGUUUAAUUUAAUUAUU